AUGGCUGAACUCCUACUAAAAGAGCGCGAGUCCGAGAUCACGGCUUGCAAAACCCGAGGUUUGUAUGGUUGACUGAUAAUGGCUGUUAAGCCAGAAAAGUUCACUCUAGUUCUUCUCUUCUGUCGGCAAUGUCAUUCUGCAUACAUGACAGAAGUUUAUGUCUUUCUUCCGACCUAGGUAUCCGGAAAUGCCCAGACACCUGUUUUGACUUUAAACUCGUUCUUGCAGCAGAAGUGCGGCAUGACUAUUUGUUAUAUAAAAUCCUAUUACUUGUGAUGCUAUUUUUCUCAGAAUAGGCAUAACGUAGUUACCUCACAGUAGUUUAUGGUCUUCGGCCCAAAUAUCGAUCGAAAUUUGGCGUCUGCUCUUAAAAAGCGAUGUCCGCGACACUUAUCUCCAUGUUCUAAAUUUGGCAACUGCUGAACUAAUUGGCAAAAUAAGACUACUUAAGUGGUUUGCAUUCUUCCCAUUGAUUUUUGAUGGUCUCAUAAAGCAGAUAUAUUUUAUGGAAAACAUGAACAAAAACCUGCAUUCUUUCACUCAUUUCGCAGGAAAUCAAGUUUUCAUAUUUUGUACUCCCAGAAAGGGUAUCUUCCAGUUUGUAAAAAUUUUUUUAUCAUGAGAUUUUUUAGACUGCGUAAUUACCAUUCAUGCGCUAUCGUAAUUGUCCAUCUUCUAAUGCUGGACUUGAAGUUUACAAUAUAGUCCUCAUCCACCAAACAUAGUACUUUCUCAAAUGUGUAGAGGAAUGCAUGAUUUUCUCCACGCAAAAAGUAUACGCUUGUAGACUGAAAUCGCUGGACGUUAAUGAAAAGACUGAUCUGGCUCACAUUUUUUCAAGGACUUGAAAAUUUUUUCAUAACCCAAAUGUGUGUUUUGUUUGAGUACAAAAUGUGAAGAAAAGGUGAUUUUCUGCCAAACGAGUAAAAUAAAGCAGAUUUUUAUGCUUGCUUUCCAUAAAAUAUGUUUUAGUUUAUCAUACCAUCGAAAACCAAUGUGAAAAAUUCAGACCAAUUAAGUGGUCAUGUUUACCGAGUGUAAAUUUUAUAGGGGGUUAAAAAGAGAAACAUUCAAAAACCAACAUCCUGGAAAGUCCGGAAUACUAUGAGAUUAUGCCGCGUGGCAAUUACUAUUACAACCCACCUAAAUAAUCCUUCCUAAUAGAAACAUAUUUCAGAAUUUCGGCUAAAAUACCAUAAAAUAGGUCAGUCAAUGUAUACAAGGUUGUACUCAGUUGCCUUAGACUCGGAAUCGGUUGUUGCUUUCUGGCGAAGGCUCAUAAGGUUGAAAUUGACGUUCCGGUCUCUUUUAUCUUUGUCGGUACUGCCUCAUUCCCCUAUAUACAUAUAUAGAAUGAUAAAACAAGGGAUACUUGGACGGCGAUUUCUGACCUAUACAUCCCGUCAGCCAGUCAUAUUCAAACCAGGGCGGAAAAAACCUGAAUUAAAGCUCAAGGACAAGGGUGUUCGGAUUCGAUUUCCGAGUUAUCGAAACGUGGGCUGGUGUAUGAAUGACUGAUUACGGCUGAUACGCUAGAAAGAGCCAGUCAAGUCUCUCUUUACUUUUUCGAUACUUCUGUAUUUACGUAUAUAUGGAAUUAUAUGUGGCUAAGUCUUCGCUAUUCAAUACUUACUUUAUCUUGUCACUGUUUGUUAGCUAUUAAUGCUCUUCCAAAAACGGAGGAUUACGAAACCGAAUCAGAUUCCCUAAACCCAGAGGAUGAGCUGGUUUGGAACAUGACAGAAAGUCUUCAGAAGAGAGUCAUUGGUGGUGAGCCGGCCCGCGACGCACAGUUCCCCUACGCAGUCUCCUUAAAAGGUGACUUCCCCUACACGCAGCGCAGCACCUAUUGUGGAGCGACCAUAAUCGACAGUCAGUGGCUUCUGACUGCUGCCCACUGUUUUGGUGGCGACACCCUCAACGGUGACACGUAGGUUUGGUAUAGAUUACUGGUCCUCUUUUCUGUGCAGCGUCCACUUCCACUAUUAAGGCUUGGCUUGUAGGUUCUCUGAUUACUUAACUUUUGACGAUAUGAACUUCCCUCAUAAGCGAAAACCGCGACUUAUGUCAACGAUUAGGAGAUACUUAGUUUAAAACAGUAGCCAUAAUAUUUACAUAUAACAUGACGAAUGAGGCAAGGGACGGAGGAGUACAGUUAUUAACCAUGUCUUUCGAAUUUCUUCAUACGUUCAGCAGUCUCCUGCGCACUUGUAAUUAGCUGUUGUAAUUAAUUGAAGUAUGUGCGGACAAACAACAUUCAGAACAUUUGCUCAUCAGUUCCCAUGGCCAUCAGAAGAGGCAUGUGUCGAUUCCGAAGUUUCUCUUCACCCAUGGACGAUGGGUAUUUGUAGUACUUUAUUCCCAGUCUUCUUAAAAAUCCAAAAAGUAUGCUUUUUUCCUACCCAAGCAAUAUGAUCAUCAAAAUUUCCAACACUCAGGAAAGAGCGGUUUUUGACUUCAGACUACCCUGUGAUCCGGUAGUAAGUAGUGUUUAAAUGAUGCUUUCCAGUUGGUACAGAAAUCCACCCCCACAUAGACUUUUUAUAUGCAGAUUGGGCGUCAUCUGCAUGCAAAUGGCGGACCAAUCGUCUUAUAACACCUGCUGUUCCUACUGGGGCACCGCCAGUCGACUCAUCUAAGGGUCUCCCAGAAGCCUGCCUGCUGCCUAGUUGAGCAGCCGGGUUUUCGAAAAAUUGUGGUUAUUUGACCAUCAAAACAUCUGUCGGCAUUCUUGCUGCAUGCAGACCCAAGCGUGUGCUAGCAGAACGAUACUUGCCAAAGCUGCUCUCUAAAGGUGGUGGGUAUUUUAAUCUGAGAGCAUCGUCCAGAAGAAUGAAAGGCUAAAUGUUAAGUAUGAAGUAAUACACUUGGUGACCUCUGAUUGGCGCAAAGUGGCCCACUGCGCAAGAACUUAUAGUGCUUACUGUGAACAAAGAUGGAUCACCGGGUUCUGCGAAUGGGACAAGACUACUUAUGACUAGCUGACAGGCUAGCGUUUAAGUCCACAAACACUGAACUUGUCAGGUAGGCGUGUGACGCUCACUGUCGCGGUCAGGAUCUCACUCGAUCUCAUUAUGUCCGCCCGCUAACUUGCUACUGGUGUCAACGAACGUUGUGUCUCAGGACACAUGCCACAUAUAAUACAUAAGUAGCUCACUAACAGUGCAACAGGGCAGACGCAGACAACUGUUCCCCGAUCGUUACUGAUCAUGCUUAUGUACCCCACUUCAUAAGGCCUAUGACGUACUGGUGAUCGGCAACGAUUAUGAAACAGCCGCGUCUGGCCUGUUGUACUCUUGGCGAAACACUGAACUCUCUGAAACAUGCGCAAUAAACAGCCCAGGUAACUCAAGACCAAAAUAGAAAAACCCCUCUCCCCCUAGGAUUAAAUAAUUAAUGCCACCCCGUUUUGCGACUGCAUGGUUAUGAGGAUCUGGUUGAAUCAAUUCAAAGGGGAGGAGACAGUUUGGCUUCAUGCCUUUAAGCAUCGCUAUAUGUAUCCUCUGAUGUUUCGCCAGCGGAUGGGCGAACUACAUUUUUUGCGAAUUAGAGACAGUUUUAUCACGUGGGGCAAUGCGCAUUUAUAUGCCGUUUCUAAUUAAGGUUCUCUGUAAAGUCCUCUGAGCCAACAGGACAAAGAUCGGUGUGGCCUAAAAAAGUUAAAAGGUUUUAAAAAUUUUAAAAAAAUGUCAAACGUUUUCUCAAAGUUAACUUCAAGCCAAUUGUAGUUGACCUGGACUCCCGUUCUCUUUAUGUAGUAUGCGCAAUCCAGAAUAUUGGACAGUUCAGGCGGGCAGCACAACCAUUGACGUAAGUUGGUGCUAAUCAAUUUAUUUGUCUAAUUGCCCUCCAAAGGUCAGUUAAUUUAGGCCUGCUGUUCUUAUAGAGCCGAAAAGAGGUCCUCUUUGCUCUCCUUUGAUCAUUUGAUUAUUGGGUAUAUAAUUACUGGGCAGCGGUAUAGAGAAGGACCCCAAUUCGUUGUCAGUAGACUGUGGAUCGUGUCAUAUGCGGUUUUAUCUUGGCAUGCAUUUGCAGGCUGUUGCAGAAAAUACACUACCAACAACGAUUACUUUCCGCGACCUCAUACCUUAACUCAAAAUCCCUUAUUUUGUGAAAUUUACUUUUUGUUUAUUGUUUAAUUACUACUCUCAUUUCCGUUGUUCUACAAUAGUGUAGGAUAAGACUUUCGGCAUAAAUCUAGGCAAUCUCUGUGUUUUCUUUCAUUUUGUCAGCUAACUAUCUAGCCUGCUGCCCCACCCAUAAAACUCCCUUUAACAUAAGUCACGUAGGGCAGGGUCAACAAACUACUGACAGUUAAGUGGGGUCCUUCUCUAUACCGUUGCCCAUUACUGUCCUUUCCGCACUUUUACAAUAGGCGUCUUAACACAGCAAUUAUGCCUGACUUGACGAAAAGUCUCUAGUUAAUCGGACCAUGGCUCCAAAGUAUUAAUGAACGGCCCAACUUUAAAUGAAAGCAUGAGAGACGUACUGAAAAGUCGGACUAAGACCCACCUAAAUAAGUAUAGUAGGUAUUCUUUGUAUGGCACAGACGCUUGGAGACUUCACCCGAUCCUUACCGAAAUCGGAAUAGAAUUAGCAGAAGCAAACGUGAAUAUGUCACACUUUGGCAGCAAGUGAAUUCUCGUUCCGUAAAAUUACUUGGUGCUAUUUAGUGACGGUGUUUCAGGGUGUCUUCGAAAUGUCAGUGAAGAAUUAAGGGUAUUCGGUGUUCUUAACUAUCUACCCAAAGGGAUAGGUUCCGUGUUUUAUUGCUUGCAAAUUGGACGGUAUUCAAAGGCUCUUUUACCAAAAUAGUGUGUUCGCGUGUAAGAGUAUUUAGCAUUCGGUUAUUUGAACGCGUGCCUGUGGAGUUGAGUUGCGCUGCUUCUUUUCAAUGCGCUGCAUUGAAAAGUCCGAGCCACUUUUCAUCACCGCCUAAUACACAUGUAUUUGAUAGAUCCUUGGCACUUUGUUUAAAUGGACUGCAUUUGUACUAUAAAAACUGUUUUCCUGAUCUUAUGCAUGUUAAAAGGCCUGGCAGACGUCAUAUUUGCAGUUGCAAAGUCACCGUAACGCCCUCGCUUGCAAAGCCCCCCAUGAGCGUUCAGGUGUAAUGGUCAGUAAUUUGUUCAUAGGUAAAAUAUUUGCACUCCUAUCACCUGAUCACAAGUGUAGAAGCAUUCGCUGACGACUGUGGUCACUGGUCUUUAAUAUUACCGUGUUUCGUAGGCUCCGUCUUAUCUUCCCGUCCAAAAUCUUACAAAAAUAUUUCGGCAAACUCUACCGCAUCACUAACUGACAAAUGAGACGUUCACCUCGAGCCACAGUCCUUCGUACACUACUAUACAUAUGAGACAGUUUGAGUCAGUGUUGUGCAUAGUUGCUGAUAGGAAUUCCAAGCCUAAUAUAUUCACCAAAACCUGAUGACAAUGCGCAGUUUGUCAGCUACCCAAAUCAUUAAUUUCCUUAUAAGUUCUAAUCUGAGUAGGGGGGACGGUUCGCCAGAACAGGUUUAUUGAACUGCUGGCGGUUCGGAGAGUUUGUUUGGCCCACUACCGUCAGAGCGUCACAUGCACAAAAUCGAAAAGAAAUGCAAGUGUGGGCCGAACAAGUCGCCGCUGGGCUGAUCGAUUUUUUUCCGUUUCGCUGACUCAGUCUUUUUGCGAGUGUUCUGCGGGCUUAACAGUUGCGUGCGUUAUGAGUCACCACCUCGACGAAGGAAGUGGCUGAGCCUCUAAAAGGUGGCGGCCCAAUAGAUCUGUGUCGGUGAGCCUUUCACCUGAUUAACCUAUCACCCGGGAUAUCUCAUCUUCGCAAACCAACUUCAAAUUUUUCAAAACAAAAAUAUAACCCUUCUGUAUACGUGAUGUGUAUAAUGGCAGGUUGUGGAACAUAUAGAUUUGUCUUACCGAAGUUACUGCUCAGGUAACGCCCGUUUAAAAGGACUGCUGGAUUUCCAAAAUUCAAAAUGUGGAUUAUUUUCGAUGAGCUUCCGGAACGCCUUGCACUACUUAUUUUUUCAUUCUGAGCAUAUUCUUUCAUGAUUUAAGGAGCCCUUACGUCAAAUCAACUAAAUUCUACGCUCGUCUGCUUAUUUUCGACGAGUGAUAGAAGACCCCCAUGUCGACUAACCAAGGAAAUGCAGUCAGGCUAACAGGAAUCAUCUAUCACUCGUGUGGAUGUACUUUAGUUUUCCUGGGAGUCGGACCGAAGUUUCGAUAAGUAGUCACUUAUAUCAUCAUCCCCUCAUUUAGGGCCGCUUAUUUAAAGAGGCCUUACAAGUCCAUAAAUAUCAGUUCUACGAAAUAUACCCUUUUUAUACUGCUUAGUUGUUAGAAUAAUUUAACUCUCUCAAUCUCUCGUGGCGGUCUCUGAUUAGCUAUCCCACCUCGCCCCUCCCUCCCCCCCCAAAAAAAUUAUUGCAGCUGAGACAUAACUCGGUACUAGGAUAUGCCAGACGAACGGAAGACCAUGCACUUACUGGCAAGCUGGAGGAAGCCCCGCCAGUGGACAGAUUUCUCAAAGUCCUGAAGACUUUCCUCACGCAGUGAGUUCAUCAGCAACAGUUUCACGUUAGAAGACUUUUAAAUUCUCUGAACGCGAGUGAGACAUAUUGCUUAUCCUUUUUUAGAGUUAGUGCAUUUGUUUCGAAGCCACAUUUCGCCUUCAGACGACUUCAGACUCAAAGAAUUCGGAUUGACAGGAUCAUUUUGCAUCCAAAAUACGUUGAAGGUAAGCUGGCUUCCACAACUACGUCCUCUUCGAACUCGGCGGCUUUUUUAUGAGGUAUUUAGAAGUUACGUCGCUUAAGGUUUAUAGGUAAAAUAAGCGAGACCCGUCAAGAGAUGACGAUGCGCUUAGCACAGGUGACUGCAUCCCCCUAGGUCGUACAGUUGAAAGUACUGAGUACUGUUGUGAUAGGAAAGAUUAAAGAUUUGAAAUACUUCUUAGGAGUACAUUCAUCGUACAGUAGGCGACCAAUCUCUUGAAAUUUUGGUUAAAAGUCUGGACUGCGUUUUCGGUUAGGAAGGGCUAUUGAGGUGAGAUCGGAAUGCCGAUCACCGUGCAGCAAAAACCCCUGAUAAUUCAGUCAAGCCGGGGCGCCAGCUUUCGAAUUCUCUUCUUUCUAACCGCCUGCAAAAGUGACACUCAUUUAAUAGACUGCUUUAGCAGUAAGAAUUUUUAUAAUUUUUCCAAAUAAAUUUAAUAAGAAACAUGCACAAAACAUCCUUCCAGGGGCUCAUUUAGUAAAAAAAUCACAUCUCCAAAUUUCAUAGUCAAAGAAAAGGUACCCAUUCAUUUUGAAGUUUUCAGUUGGGGGAUAACUUUGGACGCGAUCUGUCUUUACGUCUGGUUUUAGGGUUUAAAGUCUACAAGCUGCAUUCAGUAAGUGGGCUAACUUAAGCAAUGUCAAUGGAUUCUCGAUGCCCUUUAAGAUCCAAUCAUAUUUCAUGGAAAACAUGCACAAAAAUAUUCAUUCUCUUGCUCAUUCAGUAAAAAAUUACGUCUUCCUUUAAUUUUACACUCUAAGGAAGGGUAUUAUUUGGUUUUAUAAAACUUUUCCAAUUCCCGAAUAAUUUUUAACCGAACCUGCCGUUACACUUGCAUUCAGGGUUCCAAACUACAAGCCGUAUAAUUCCUGCGUUCGGGAAGCCGUACAUUUCUCUACGGUUAUCAAGGGGGACCAUAUAGGAUUCAUAAAAUUAAGCAGUGGAUUUGAGCCACGUUGUUAACUUUACAAGCCACAUUGGUAAAUGCAGUGACAUGAUGUUUUAUAAAAGGCCAUUUCGCGGUAUUAAAAAUCUCACAAUUGCAAAGUUUUUUAAAACCAAAUUAUAUCCUUCCUUCGAGAGUAAAAUUGGAAGAAAACGUACUUUUCUACUGAAUGAGCAAAAGAAUGAAUAUUUUAUGCAUGUUUUCCAUGAAAUAUAAAUGAAUGUUUAAGAGCAUCGAAAAUCAAUGAAAAAAUACAGGCUACUUAAGUAGUCUUUCCUUACGGAGUAUGGUUUUAAGAUGCGACCGAAAAAGAAUUUUUCGAAAGCCCACAUCCUGAGGUAACUGAAUUAUUAUGGAAUUAUGCUGCAUGAUGAUUGAUUUGCCAUCUCUACUUAAUUAAUCUUUUCGAAACGGAAACGCAUUUCGGAAUUUCUGUUGACAUUUCAUGAGUUAGCCCACUUACUGUACUUUUCAUGUAAGGAAAAUUUUCUGUUCUACGUGGCAUUUAGAAGGCACAAUACAAGACCCAUAACCUUCUGCAAUGGAUGAGAACUAGGUUGCAUACUUCACAAGGGGAGUUAACAACCAUUCAGAGAAGCUGACAUUUGACUGAGAAUUUCACGUCCCGUGUACAAACGGCUGUCUGCAAGGGCCCUAGAUUGGACCACAAAGCGCAACGGUUCGAGCACAUUUUGUUAUGACUGGUUGGUGAACGCUGUCCCACCACAUAGGCAGACUCUGUCGGAGGGAAAACAGUUAAACAAAAUGUUUCGACAUUGUCUAAUGUCAGCUGACAGUGAAAUUGAUUACUUCGAUAUUACCAAUCUAUCAAACCGAAUAAACGAUACUAAUUCUACUUCGAACAAGGCCCAUAUAUGCAGUAAUUAAAAGGACUUAGGGUUAUUAAGAUGCAAACGAAACCAGGGUUUUUACACUCUAGGCAGUUCUUAGCCGCUAAAAAGUUUCCAAGCAGAAUAAUUAACUCCCCCCUCCCAUAUGCAAUGGCAUGUUGAAAAAGUUCAAACUGCCGUCUAGUCACCAGUAAAAUAACCUGGUGUGUUCUGGUAGUAUUUCUGCACAUCUGACAACCCAAGUUCUUGUGGUUGCACUUCUCCGCAGGUGAGCUUGAGUACGACAUAGCGCUGGUAAAACUCACCGAGGCCAUACCGCUGGGACAAUACCCGCUGAUCCUCAAGGCCAGGUUGCCAACCGCCGGUCUCGACACGAAUACCCAACCAGCGCCGGAGACGGACUGCAUUCUCGUGGGGUGGGGCUGUCUUGCAAAGUCCUCCGGUCCCUCACCCUAUGCCAUGUACGCCAAGCUGACAGUGUUUGAAAACAGCGAAUGCUCCGAGAUCUACAGUCACGCCGCAGGGCUUAAUGAUGAGCACGAAUUCUGUGCCGGAUUCCACAAAAAGAACAUUGGGAUCUGUCCGGUAAAGACUGCAUUUUGAACUCCCUCUCAGUCUCUAAUUCAGCUGUUUUCGUAGCCAUGGAGGUCUGAUUAAAUAGUCAUAUGGUUUUCCCGUUAAACAUGUGUUUUCUGAUAUUGAUUGGUGUCGGAGAUCUGAAAAUGGAAAUUCCGGCUUUAAUCUGUUUUUUAAAUGGUUGCACUGCCAUGUGACCCAUUUGUUUUGCAUGCUUGUCUGUGAAACGGGAAUAAAUUAACCGUCAAUUAAGCCAUCAUGAUAACUGCAACAUCAGGUCCCCAGUCAGAAUCACCCAAGCCGUGAAACUGUGCGCCUCUGGCCGUUUAUCUCGAGGGUCUUGUGGGCCACAGGCCCUCCUAAUAUUGUACAUAUAUGUACCUUUAAUAUCUGAUAACGGAAACUGAUGAGAGAAUUUCUGGACGCCUUUAACGUUGAGCAUUUUGUUCGCCCAUUCACAUCCUUUAAUGAAUGGUCAUUUUCUUGUGCAGAAAUUGUGUUUACGUAAUUCUAUGAAGCAAACGAUCAGUAAAUGUUAGCGAAAAUGGACGUUGGAUUAUAUUCGUGCAAUUUCCCAUGCUACUUCAUGUCUAAGACUCCGAUUACGCAACUGAGUGACUUUUUUUAUUGAAAGGAUAGUAAUUUACCCGCAAGAGUUUUAAUAAGCAGAUUUAGCCGGACUAGAAAUUUUAUUUCAUGUCCGAUGUUGACUAUGGUUAUCAACCUGCUAACGCAGAGGUUAUUUUAAGAAAACCAGAUGUUUUAUCAAUUCCUAAAUGUCAAAUUAGCAGAUCUGUGCGAUUUGGUGCCCUAAAGUGCAGUAAUAACGCAGAUAGGGACUCCUUCGUUUAAGUGGGCUGAAAUUUUCCUGCUGUGUGGAAAAUUCUAUCUGAUGUCACAUAGAUGACCACCACGGAAUGGUUAUUUCCAGCUUUAAACAGAUGAAACACUAUUUGUCUUGUAGGUUAGCUUCUGUGCAUAUCUUAUUCAGAAACAGAACGAGCAAAACAUUAAUAGUUUCAGCAAAAUAUCAGUAUUUAUAUGGGCGCCCUGCCGUACAUUCAUAAUCGAAGAACGGAAUCUAAAAGCGAACAAAAACAAUGGAAAUGGGCUGAUCCCAAAAGUUAUGUCCCGAAGACUUUUCUCCAUGUCCUGCACGGUGUAAUUUCUGAAAUUAUUCGCCUGAUUAUCCUCUGGAGUUCAUAUAUAUAUACAUACAGAUACCAGAAACCGCAUAGGGAACGCUGGGGGUCCCACUGAAGAGCCGAACUCCUCGCAGCUGUGUCACGCAGCGGCAAAAUAUUGACGAAACACGUGUCUGGGCUAUUAGUUAGUACCUUUGUCGGCAGUACGGUAUAAUACGUUCGAUGUGCAUAAAUAGUAAAGGUAUUAUACCGUACUCCCGACAUAGAUACUUGCUAAAAGUCCAGACACGCCUUUCGCUGAUAUUCUGCCGCUUCGUGACACAGCUGCGAGGGGUUCGGAUCUUCAGUGGGACCCCCAGCGUUCUCUAUACGGUUUCUGGUAUAUGAACUCCAGAGAAUAAUCAAGACAAUAAUUUCAGGAAUUACUCAAUGCAGGACUUGGAUUUAAAUAUCCGGGACAUGACUUUUUAGGGUCAGAACCGAAAUUUUAAUGAACAUUUGAGUCGAGGGCAAUCAACUACUGUGGAAUAACCACGUAAUGCCCAUUCUACAAACAAGUAGUACCACGAGUAUUAUGAAAUCCAUAUGGUAAUGUAUUUUACCGUACUCCCGACAUAGAUACUUGCUAAAAGCUCAGACACGUGUCUGGCGAAACACGUGAUCACAUACAUUGAUGAACAAAGUCAUGAGGGUAUUCAGUUUGGGAGAGCGAUUCAAAAAGUACUUUAUUUCUGUUUAAUAAAUAUCUUCACCGGGACCGUUGGUUUCAACUCAAUUUAGUAAGCUGUUAACUGAGCUGUGUUUACCAGAGUUGAAGUAAUUAUCGACAUAAUUUGAAAUGAUACCGGAGUACGUAUCUUUGCAAUAAAUCAAACUUUGUACCUUCCCGUUAGUCCUUCGAUGUUCGGAGACCUCUAGUAAUGGAAGUUGUCCAUUAAAAAUUAAUGCGCUAUUAGCUUGUUUAUAUUUAGGUUCUCUGAUUGGUUCCACUGAUAUGUGAUUACUCACUCCUUUUUUUCAAACAGCAGGGUAUUUUGUGGGACUUUAACGCCAAUACCUCGGUCUCGAAAUUUAAUCCUCUAAUGAAUUUUCACUUUCGAUACGCCCAUCUGGGUAAAUGCCUAACUGCAUAAUUAUCUUUCAAAUGCUUCCACUUCAAAGGGCGAUAGUGGCAGUGGUCUGAUGUGCCCAGCGGGCGAUCACUGGGAGCUGAUGGGCGUUGCAUCGGCGACCCACGCCAAGGAACCCGAAAAUUUCCCCGGCUUAUUCACUCGUGUGGCCGUCUUCCGCGACUGGAUCCGAAGGACCAUGGCUGAGUACAGUUACAUUGGUUUUGGACUGUACUGA